AUGUCUGAAAACAAUACCCCCCGCCACUGGCACGGAAGCUUCGGUGACCGUCACGAGCAUACCAAUGUCUGGAUGCAAGGCGGUGCCAAGAGCCCCAGUGGUCGUGCUGCAUGGGCGAUGCCUGGUACGGAUAGUAGAAGGGACUCCAACACCUCUACCUCCUCGAACGGGAAUAAAGCAUCCGAAGGCACCGCGGCAAACCCUCCAGGCCUAGGUGAGCGCCGCCGCAGCUCUGCCGGCUCUACCAACGGUCUCUUCUCGAAUCUACACACGCAGAAGCGUGAAUCCACGAAUCCGGAUAUGGCCAAUCGCCGCGCGAGCUGGAAUGAGCAGGCUGCCAAGGGUGGCAUGUUCUCGCAGUGGUGGGAUGGAUACACCCGGGGCAGUGGUAGCAAGUAG